UUCUAGGUGUCGGUCGCAUAUUUAAAUCAGUUCACAGCGAGGCGCGCCCCAGAUCAGACGCGUUAUUGUCAAGUGAAGGAAUCGUCGUGAUUCUGCGUUUGCAUCCGCGUACGGAGUGUUCCGAGAUUUGGUGGCACUACUGACUGAUCAAACCGCCCGUGUUGGCGGGUGUUUCAAAAGUGGACGGCAACCAGUUCUGCAGAGUGACUACUUAGAAUAAUGGGUGGUGACCGUUGAAUUGAAAUUAUUUAGGCACGACUAUACGAAACAGGUGCACGCGGUAACAUCAAGCAAUUUUGUAGAAGCGAUUUACUAAUAGUUGGAGUAUAAAUUAGCGAAGUUCGAGUUCUACAAUAAAGUGUUGAAUUUGUGUUGCAUUUGGAAAAUUUGGAAUGAAUGCAUCAUUAAGCACUCAUCGAUACUUAGAUAUAUCUAUCUCACUUUUAUAAAAAUGAGUAAAUUGCGAUCAUAAAGCUAAUAUGAUAUCCAUGUGAAAGUGUUAAAAAGCGUUUUACGAAACAAGAUGAAUAUUUCCAGAACAAUGUGAUCAAUGCGUGCAUUUUAUAGUCGUUCAACAUUCAAAAAAUAAAAAAAAACUUCACUGUUUUAUCAGCAAUAGUUAGCGCCUGUGAUAAUAGAUUUUAAUCUAAGAUUACCUUCAACGGAGUUGAUCCGUACACGUAGUGUGUAGUAGACAGCGGAAUGGCAAAACUCAGCUGCCUGAUUAUUUUGUUGGCGCUAAGUUUUGAUAUCACGCAUAGUUGGAGAUUCGACAAACUACCCAGACUGUAUGGAGACAAGCUGCCGUCGAGAGUGAUAUCACCACGGGUGCGCAAAGUUCAACGCCGGAUCGUCGUGCUGCAUGAUUUUUUCCGCACCAAAGUCGUACCCCCAGCGUCUAAUAUGUUAAGCAUGAAGUGGCAUUACGGAGCAGCCCGGUCGGCUCAGAAGUGGGCGGACCAGUGCCGGUUGCUAACGCACGAUAGUCCAAAGGGGAGGUGGGUCAACAACUACGGUGCGUGUGGUCAGAACAUCUUCGUCUCGACGCACAAGGUGCCUUGGUUAUUCGCCUUGAAAACGUGGUAUGCUGAGCGACAAAAUUUCACAUAUGGAUCGCAUCAAAACGAUUUAGUAGCGGUUGGACAUUACACGCAGAUGGUGUGGGCAGCAACACAUAAAGUGGGCUGCGGUCUAACCAAAUGUCCUCGAGGUGGUCCUCGGGGGAAGCCCUUCUACAAUUAUGUAUGCAACUACUGCCCAAUCGGAAACCACGAAGAUAAAUUAGGCACACCCUACAGACGAGGCAAACCAUGCGGUUCCUGCCAUCAGCACUGCCAUUCGAAAAAAAUCAGAUUGUGCACCAACACUUGCAGUUCAGCGGAUCUGUGGGCCAACUGUCGGGAGCUUUACAAAACAUGGCCCGGUUGGUUGUGCAAUACGGUAACGCCAGAAGGGUUGAAGCGACAGAGGAACUGUCUAGCCACCUGCACAUGUCAGGGGAAGAUUCAUGACUGAUAAUUAUUCAUGGACAAAAUGUUGUUGAGUUGUGUAGUUGUCUCUACAUCAUUUUGAUGUGCCAUAUGUGCUAUGAAAUACUCAUAGAUACAGUGUUUAUAAUCAUGUAGGUUUGCAUGUUAACUUAAUUUAGUUGCGGGGUGGUACCUACAUGACAUUUAUCUCAUAUAAAA